AUGACAGAGACUGAGGCUUUGGAGAACACAGGAAGACAGGAGCAGGAACAGCAAAGGGAACAUGGUGAAGCCCCCAAGACCCAGUGGACAUUCUGCAAGAAAUGUGGCAAGCACCAGCCCCACAAAGUGACACAGUGCAAGAAGGGCAAGUAUUCUUUGUAUGCGUGGGGGAAGUGGCAUUAUGGCAGGAAACAGAGUGGCUGUGGGGGGCAGUCUAAGCCUAUUCUCCACAAAAAGCCUAAAACUACAAAGAAGACUGUGCUGAGACCUGAGUGUGUUGAGCCCAGCUGCAGGUCUAAGAGAACGCGGGCUCUUGAGAGACGCAAGCAUUUUGAAAUGGAAGGCGAUAAGAAGACAAAGGGCCAAGUGAGCCAGUUCUAA